GUCUUUUUUUCUUUCUUUCCUUCGUUUCUGAGCUCUUCUUUCCCUUACUUUCCCCCUUUUUUUUUGUCCUCUUCCUUUCACUCUUUUUCAUCUCCAAACCAACCCAAUCAAAAAGCAGCCAUGGCGCGACCGGCAAUGUCCAAGUCGACGUCGAGCACCAACGCAGACCGCACGAGCACGACCAAGGACGCCAACCAGCGCACCAAGGCGACGAUCGACCGCCUCAAUCUCUACCGCACCGGCGGCAAGUCCAAGCGCGAUGCCAGUGGCAAGAUUGUCAAGGCUGCCCCGUACCAGGGCUGGGUCGCCUCGGGCACGGUCGCGCGCAUCCAAGCCGACCGCCGCUGGUUUGGCAACACGCGCGUCAUUGGACAAGACCAGCUCCAACAAUUCCGUGAGGCAGUGGUCGAGAACAAGAAAAACCCGUUCGCAAUGAUCAUGCGCGAGAACAAGCUGCCAAUGUCGCUGCUGCAAGACACACCCGCAGCAGGCGCCAACACGCGCGUGCACGUCCUGGACACGGAGCCGUUCGCCAACGUGUUUGGCCCGACUGCACAGCGCAAGAAGCCCAGCGUCGGCGCGGAUUUGAGCGACUACCUCAACCGCGUCUCGUCGGCCGGCGGCGCGUACAAGGAGGAGAAGGACUUGAACAUUAUCGACGAGGGCGACGGCUUUAAGAACGCCGUGAUGGACCGCAUCUUCUCCAAGGGCCAGUCUCGCCGUAUCUGGAACGAGCUGUACAAGGUCAUUGACAGUUCCGACGUGGUCGUGCAAGUCUUGGAUGCCCGCGAUCCCCUCGGCACGCGCUCGUCCUACAUUGAAGAGUACAUGCGCAAGGAAAAGCCGCACAAGCAGCUGAUUCUCUUGCUCAACAAGUGCGAUCUCGUGCCCACCUGGGUCACUGCCCGCUGGGUCAAGCACCUCUCCCGCCAAGUGCCGACGCUUGCCUUCCACGCCAGCAUUGCCAACCCGUUCGGCAAGGGCGCCUUCAUUUCGCUCUUGCGCCAAUUCGGCAAGCUGCAUGCGGACAAGAAGCAAAUCUCGGUCGGUUUCAUUGGCUACCCGAACGUCGGAAAGAGCUCCGUCAUCAACACACUCAAGGCCAAGAAGGUGUGCAAGGUCGCACCCAUCCCCGGUGAAACCAAGGUCUGGCAGUACAUUACCCUCAUGCGCCGCAUCUUUUUGGUCGACUGCCCCGGUGUCGUCUACCACUCGACCGACACCGAGUCGGACAUUGUGCUGAAGGGCGUCGUCCGCAUCGAAAACCUCAAGGACGCCGCAGACCACAUUCCCGAGAUGCUCUCGCGCAUCAAACGUGAGUACGUCUGCCGCACCUACAUGAUUGACGACUGGGGCGACCACCUCGACUUUCUCGAGCAGCUCGCUCAAAAGUACGGCAAGCUGCUCAAGGGCGGCGAGCCCGAUAUUGAGACGGUUGCCAAGAUGGUGCUGAACGAUUGGCUGCGCGGCAAGCUCCCCUUCUUUGUGCCACCACCGAGCAAGGCGGACAUGGCUGCUGGCAAGACCAACUCUGCCUCCGCCGCCGCCGCCACCACUGCUGCCGCUGGUGCAAUCACCGCCACUGCUGCUGCUGGUGCAACGGAUGGCGCUGCCAGCUUUGGAUCUGCCGACGUCAACAGCCGCAUCGAGGCGCUCAUCGCCCAGUCCCGCUUCAAGCCCGUCACCCGCCCCGUGGUCGGCCAGGACGACGACGAGGUGCAGCCCACUCCCGCCAACGCCCCGCUCGACGAGGACGACCACACUGCCGAAGAUGCGGAGGGUGCUGAUGAAAAGGCCCUGCUGCGCGUUGCUCUCUCGGCCAUUGGUGUCGACGCCAGCGCUGCCGACGAAGAGGUCAGCGACGACGACGGCGAGGACGCUGAGGACUUUGACCCCUCGGUGCGUGCCGUGGACUCUGACCCCACCAUGCUGAUUGAUGAAGACGACGACGAGGAGGAACCGGAAGACCAGGACGACCAGUUCGAGGAUGUUGACGAAGACUCGGACGUCGAGGAAGAGGAAGGCGCGUCGUCUCUCCGCGAGCGACAACGGUCCCGCAAGAUCAAGGCCAAGCAGGCCAAGUUGCCGCGCGCUGCUCCCGCCACUACAUCUGCCGCUGUUCGCGCCCGCAAAGAGAAGGUGGCCGCCAAGUCUGCCAGCGCCAGCAAGGCUCGCGUGGACGCUGCUGCUGCCGAUGCCGAGUCUGGCGAUCUCUUUGACCAACUUGUCCAGACUGUCAGUGGUGGCAAGACUGCCGCUGCCAACGACCGAUUCGCCGGCCGCAAGCAUGCACGUGCUGCCGACGACGACGACGAGGACAAUGCCGCCGUGCCGGUCGCUCAAGAGUUGCGCAAGAAGAUGCGCACCGAGCAAGGCUUUAUUGUCACCGAGGAGGCUCCUGCCAAGAAGUCUGCCGCAGCCAAGAGCUUCACUGCCUCGCCUGCCGCUGCCGCCAAGAAGGCAAUCGUUGCUGCAUCACCAAAGGCGGCGGCCGUGUUCAAGGCUGCCUCGCCCAAGGCCGGGUUGGUCAAGCCUGUCCCCGUCAAGAAGGCUGCUGCCGUGCGCGUCGAGGAGGAUGACGACGAGGAUGUCAAGGUCGCCAAGGAACCUCGCAUGACUACCAACAAGGCGCGCGCUGGUGUGCACUACUACGAAAAUGCUAACGUCAAGAACAAGAACAAAAACCGUAAGAUUCCAAAGCAACCGCACGGACCAUCAAGCGGCCGCAAGCCGGCAGGUGCACCGCGAAAGUAAAACACAAUCUUCUUCUGCUUAACAUGGGUUUUUUGUGUUUGAGGGUUUGAUGAUAUUGCGCUUUGUUUGAAAUUCUUUGUAUUUGUACAAUAAUAGCCCCAAAACAACGAUGAUCGUUGCUUUGAUUUUUUGACGGA